AUGGUGUCUGUUCGAGACUUCCUUCUGAUGACAGCUUGUCUGAUGUUCCACCAUGACCGGGUGGCCGACGCUAUGGUAGUGACAGGGGUAUGUGCCGGUGAUACCGAGUGUAUAGAGUCCCGUGGAAGUGGCUUCUGCUGCGCGCCGUUUAACCCUAACGCCGCCAUGAGGGUGUGUAAGCCGGCCGGGCAGGCGGGAGAGUUGUGUCACGUGGCCUCCAACGUCAUGCCCUACCCCUGGGACCAAGGCGCCCGCAAGUUCUGGCGCUGCGCAUGCGCAGAGGGGACGAGCUGCGUGCCGAACCACCCUGGGGCGAAACUCGGCACAUGCGCAUAG